AUGCUCAUCGCUAUUGUUUUGUUCACAGUCAGCAUCUCCGCUCGACUCGUGACUGUCCCGACCUUUCCAUUUGAACACGAAGGGUCUGGCGCAUAUUCCAUGCAGAGGCUUCAUGGCAUCAUAGUCCAUGCCCCUUACGCGGACUCAGUCAACGAAAACGGCCAAACAUUGAUUCCCCCAACCUUGGAGGAGUUUGCUCAAACCUUCCGUGAAGAUUUGUUGUCGGUCACAGGAAUAGACCUUCCUGUUACCGCGAGCAAUUUCUCAGUGGCAGACACUAUUUUCAUCACGGUUGAUCCAAACAGAAGCUACCUCGACGCAGCCGGACGCAACACUUCGGAAGGCUAUUCAUUGGUAAGCAGCGAAGCAGGUAUCGUCAUCAGCGGUGCCAGUGCUCUCGGAGCAUGGUGGGGCACUCGAACUCUUUUGCAGGUUGUGGUGCUCAACGAUGGCAAUAUUCCGCAUGGUCGGGGCAAUGAUGCACCUGGCUGGGCAACACGAGGUGCUAUGUUAGACUGUGGCCGUCAUUAUUACCCCCCGGAAUUUCUUAUCGAGAUGUGCGCCUACCUCUCUUUCUUUAAACAAAACGAAUUCCACCUGCACCUCAGCGACAACCUCUUUGUCAACGAUGAAUUAUACACUCCUCAGCAAGUAUGGGCCUUGUAUAGCAGCUUCCGCCUCUGGUCCGACGAUGAAGAUCUGAGAGGUCUCGCGCAACUCCGGAACGAAUCAUACGACCAAACUCAAUUCCGCCAAAUUCAACAACAAUGCGCCGCACGAGGGGUUACAAUCAUCCCCGAGAUUGAAGCUCCAGCUCACGCCUUGGCUAUCAGCAAAUGGAAGCCGCACUUAGCACUUGACGAAGACCCGACGCUCCUGAACAUUUCGCACUCUGAGACAAUGCCUACGCUGGAGAGCAUUUGGCGAACAUUUCUUCCUUGGUUCAGCUCCAAGACAGUACAUAUCGGAGCAGAUGAGUACAAGAAAGAUCUGAUUCAAGAGUACACUCACUUGGUCAACGAACUGAGCAUGUUUGUGUGGAAUGAGGCUGGUAGGAAGACGCGUAUCUGGGGAACCUUUACCCCUGAUGCCGGGGCCAACGUCUCGAAGGAGGUUGUCAUACAGCACUGGGCACCAUAUGAGGACAACGCGUACUUCGACUUCAUUCAGAACGGCUACGAUGUUCUCAACUCUGACAUGAAAUUCUACACCAACGUCAAAUGGAACGGUUACUUUCCGCCAACGUUGAACACAACAACGAUCUUCAAUGGAAAUCCCCUAGGGGGCGGUUUUGCACCACACAUCUUUGAUGUCAAAAACGCCACGAAUAAUCCUAGUCGAGACGAUCCAAGAGUCGUUGGUCAUAUCGCCGCGCAAUGGAAUGACUACGGUCCGGCAACUUCGACGUACCUCGAGGCAUAUCGCGGCUGGCGCAGUGGACUUCCAGCUCUAGCAGACAAGCAGUGGGGCGGUUCUCUCCAGGAGGACGAUUAUUCCGCCGUCCUGGAGUCGCUGGUUGCUGCUGCACCAGGCCAGAACCUAGAUCGCAGGAUCAAGUCCAUAUCAGAGGUCAUCUUGGACUACCAGUUCUCUCCUCUGAAAAACAGUAGCGACAUGAUCGAGGACCUGUCCGGGAACGGGUAUGAUGGAGCAUCCCGCGGCUGCAUCAUGCCAAACUCCACGUUGGUUUUAGAUGGCAACUGCUUCGUUGAGACGUCUUUGGAGAGUAAAGGCCGAGACUACGCCCUCUCCUUUUCCGUUUACCCAACUUCUAACGCGCCUGGAGUGCUGUUUUACAGCGAGGAUUCCGCUCUCGUUUCUGGAAACGGUUCACAUACAAACAUCACCUUCAUUGCGGCCGGAACUGCGUUCCCCCUCAACUAUUCUCUACCACUACACACGUGGACACACGUCACCGUAUCUGGUGUUGGAGAAUCUACUUUUCUAAGCGUUUUAGAAGACGAUGGAUCACGAACUAGGACGAUGGAAUUUCUGUCAAAGAUCGAGGCCAACGGCGUCGCAAGCGCCGCUGGCGUGAUGGUGAUCUGGAAGCCCAUUGCCUUUGAAGCUCCGUUGAAAGAGAUUGGGCGAGGGUUCCAUGGAAUGAUCAGGAAUCUCACUCUUAAAGCACUCGCUUGA